GUUGUUUGUUUGUUUGAUGGGUUAUUGUCAAUUUGGAUUUUUGAUAAAAAAAUUCGGAUGUUGGAGUGAUUGUAUUUGAUGGUGAAUAUAAUUUUGUUAGACAUAUAAAAUAAUAUUUUAGAUUGGAAAAAAAGAUUAGCUGUCGAGUGAAUUUGGAGGAACUGGGUACAGUUUUAGGCUACUUGUCUCUCUUUGAGGCAUUUAUUCACAUUUGGACUGCUCUUCAUAGCUUCCGAUCAUAUACUUUACUUUGUUUAAAAUUCAGUUCUUCUGGGUUGUUUUCAUAGCAAAUCAAAGAAAUUUCUCAGUGGAAAUGCGUUUGUUGAACUGAUACUAAGCAAGCUUUUACGCCGAAAAUUGCUGCAAUUGUUGUAGAAUUGGAUGGUUGUGCUUCUUAUGAGAUAAGAGAAGAUGAUGGUCUAUUCUAGCAAACAUAUGUGUUUCCUUGGUGCUUCCUACAUAUCUUCAAAUCAGGUGAAUGCAGCGAUAAUGGAUUUCCAAACCCAAAUUCAAGGUCCAAGGAUGUUACUUCUACAUGAACCUUCCUUUAUCCACGUAUCUACUAUCCAGUGCUCUUCCAAAUCUAUUGUUCCACGGCCUUCCUCUUCUAAUUCCAUUCAGAAAUCUAGAGAAAGUGUGAAGAAGCCAGGAAAAAGAGAACAUCACUUGUGGAAACGUAGAGAUUCUGCUGGAUCUGGACAGCAAGCAAUGAAUCUAGUUCGAACUAUUUCAGGACUUCCAAAUGAGAAAGAGGCAGUUUAUCGUGCAUUGGACGAAUGGAGUGCAUGGGAGCUGGAAUUUCCUUUGAUUGCAACAGCCAAGGCUCUAACAAUCUUAAAAAAGCAGAGGCAAUGGAUGCGAGUAAUUCAAGUUGCCAAGUGGAUGUUGAGCAAGGGCCAAGGUACAACCAUGGCGACAUAUGAUACAGUCCUAUUGGCAUUUGACCAGGAGAAGAGAAUAGAUGAAGCUGGAUCUUUGUGGAAUAUGAUUUUGCAUACCCAUACACGUUCUAUUUCGAAGCGGUUGUUUUCCCGGAUGAUAUCAUUAUAUGAUCAUCACAGUCUACCCGAGAAAGUAAUAGAGGUCUUUACAGAUAUGGAAGAAUUAGGUGUCAAACCAGAUGAGGAUACAGUCAAGAGGGUGGCACGGGCCUUUGAGAAACUUGGGCAAGAAGAUAAGAAGGAUUUGGUCAUUCAAAAAUAUGGAUGUAAAUGGAAAUAUAUCCAUUUUAAAGGCGAAAGAGUCAAAGUUAAGAGACACCCUUUUGUUGAUUAGAAGCCAAUGCUGCUCAAAACUUCAAACCUGUGAGCUUUGUACAUUAUUGUUCUUGUUGCUGAUCCCUUCUAAUGGGGACAACAUUUGCAGAUUGAGGGGAUUAGCAAUUAUAUAAGCUAGGCAGUGUUUGGAUUAAGAAAAAACAUUGAACUAUUUCUUAUUUUCGAUGAAUACAUGUUUCCAUGGAAAUCAAGCUUCAAAGUUAAUUGAUAAAUAUAUUUUGGAAAAGAACAA